UAUACUUGCUUAUAUUGAUUAAUGCACGACGUGACGACAACACUCAAGGAUAAUGACUGAGUUUUUAUUAUAAAGAACACGGGUUUCUUCAUCACACUAUGGGAUACACUAAAUCUCAGUAUCAUGGGGGAUCUCGCAACAUCUGCAGCCUGGACAGAUCUUCAUCACAAUGAACAAACAAAUUAACAUGAUACUUGGGAACUCUAUAUAAACAGAACCCUACAUCUCAUCUUCCACCACAGCAAUCUCUCAACCCAUUUGCACAAACAAACACAACACAUUUCCAAACCAAAAACUUCUCUUCUAAUUUUCUCCGAAACUACUGCUCCAAUGGCGUCACAGAUCGAGAGCCACCGCGCCGGCGCGGAGAUCGUCAACGGCGAUGACAUCUGCAGGAAGAAGUCCAUCGAGCUUCUGGGAGAGCUCGGCCUCCCCAUGGGGCUCCUGCCAUUGGAGGACAUCGAGGAGUUCGGCUACAAUCGGGAGACCGGGUUCAUUUGGAUGGUGCAGAGGAAGAAGAAGAUUGAGCACGUCUUCAAGAAGAUCAAGCAGAACGUGUCGUACGCCGGUGAGGUCACGGCGUUCGUCGAGAAGGGGAAGCUGAAGAAGAUCACUGGCGUGAAGACCAAGGAGCUGAUGCUCUGGCUCAGCAUCAUCGAGGUGUACGCCGCCGAGGCGUCGCCGGAGAAGGUGACCUUCAAGAGUGGCGCCGGAAUCUGCAAGACCUUUGACGCCGCUGCGUUUGCACUUGGGGAGUAAGGACUUGGAAUUAAUUUGCUUGCAUUGUUCGAAAUGAUGCCAAAAGUUUGUGGUAAAUGUCCGUUCAAAGAAAGAUGGUA